AUGGAGAAGGCGAUCGACCGGCAGCGCGUGCUCCUCGCGCACCUCCUCCCCUCCUCCUCCGCCGCCCCGUCCCGGAUAUCCGCGUCGGCGUGCGCGGCCGGGGACAGCGCCGCCUACCAGAGGAGCUCCUGCUUCGGGGACGACGUCGUCAUCGUCGCCGCCUACCGGACGCCGAUAUGCAAGGCCAAGCGAGGGGGCUUCAAGGACACGUACCCGGAGGACCUUCUUACUCCUGUCCUCAAGGCUGUCCUGGACAAAACUGGAAUCAACCCAGCUGAAAUCGGCGACGUUGUGGUCGGGACGGUGCUAGGCCCAGGUUCUCAGCGUGCGAUCGAGUGCAGGACGUCAUCUCUGUUAGCUGGAAUUCCUGAGACCGUCCCCGUGAGAACUGUGAACCGCCAAUGCUCAUCGGGGCUACAGGCAGUAGCAGAUGUUGCUGCUGCAAUAAAAGCUGGUUUCUAUGACAUAGUUUUUGGGUCCAAAACAGGGAUUGGUGCAGGUCUUGAAUCCAUGUCGGUGAACUCCGUUGGUUGGGAAGGCCAAGUAAACCCAAGAGUCAUUGAACUACAGAAAGCACAGGAUUGUCUUCUACCCAUGGGAAUAACAUCUGAAAAUGUUGCUCAGCGAUACGGUGUAACCAGAGAAGAGCAAGAUAAGGCCGCUGCUGAGUCUCAUGCGAGAGCUGCUGCAGCCACGGCUUCUGGAAAGUUCAAGGAUGAGAUUAUUCCGGUGCAUACAAAGCUUAUUGACCCCAAAACUGGAGAGGAAAAGAAAGUUGUGAUAUCAGUGGAUGAUGGGAUUAGGCCAGGGACCACGCUAUCUGGAUUGGCCAAGCUUAAGACAGUUUUUAAGAAGGAUGGGACUACAACUGCAGGUAAUUCUAGCCAAGUGAGUGAUGGUGCUGGAGCCGUUCUUCUCAUGAAGAGAUCUGUAGCGGUGAGCAAGGGGCUCCCUAUACUUGGCGUUUUCAGGAGUUUCGUUGCUGUUGGAGUGGAUCCAGCUGUUAUGGGCGUCGGUCCUGCGGUCGCCAUACCUGCUGCAGUGAAGUCUGCUGGCCUUGAGAUUGAUGAUAUUGAUCUCUUUGAAUUGAACGAGGCCUUUGCCUCCCAAUUUGUCUACUGCUGCAACAAGCUGGGCCUCGACCGGUCAAAGGUGAACGUGAAUGGAGGAGCCAUCGCUAUGGGGCAUCCUCUUGGAGCAACAGGCGCCCGGUGCAUCUCUACGCUUCUGAACGAAAUGAAGCGCCGGGGCAGGGACUGCAGAUUUGGCGUGGUGACCAUGUGCAUCGGUUCCGGCAUGGGAGCGGCGGCCGUGUUCGAGCGGGGCGACUCGGUGGACGAGCUCUCCAAUGGGCGCCACACCCAGUCGCACAACUUCCUGUCCAAGGAUGCUGCAAAGUAG